GACCGCGAUGACGCCACCUGACGAGCGACGGUCGCCAUCGCCCGCCAUGGCAUCGCCCGCCCGCACGCCCGGCUUCCGCUCCGUACUAGUAGCUACUGGCACCUCCUGGCACCUACUGGCACCGACUAGAGCAGCGUGUGAUGCCCGGCCGUUACAUAACCAGCACCCACCAGUCCCACUAGCACCCACUAGCACAGCUACGCCAUCUCCAUCUCCAUCUCGUGAUGCCCGCACGGCGCACACCACUCGCAAGUUCGUAACCAUCCAUCCACCUGGCAGGCUGGCACCGACCUAUCGAGCGACCUAUCGAGCGACCGGCCGGACGGUCGGGUGCGACGACGUCGCGUGGUCCCGUGUCAUGUGCCAGCCUGCCUGCCUGCCAGUGAACUUUGAAGUGGUCACACGCAGCCUCCUCAACCACCACUUCCACCACCACGCAGCCCCUCCUCCACGCAGCCCCUCCUCCACAACCACGACGCAGCCCCUCCCUCCCUCCGGCCCUGCAUUCUUCCCAACGGACCCAACGGAAACGGAGACGUCGGCUCCUACACCUUCCCUAAACAAAACAACCGGAAAGGAAACAGCACCGCAUCGUGUGUACGCAUGGUCACUGGUCGUGAUGGAUGCUACAUAGAUGGUGGAUGGGCUAUGAUGUGCACAAUGAAUUAUGGAAAAUGGAAAUGGAAAUGGCAGCGGCAGUUCCAACGGAGUUAUGGCCAUUGACGCUGGCUUGGUGUCCCUAACAAAAAGAAAAGACAAAACAGGACAGCUUGGACUGGAGGAAUGCGACGGAAUAGGAAUGGAUUAUGGGUUAUGGAAUAAAUCAUAAGACAGGAUGGGCCCUUGGAGACGGAUAAUUACUAGUACGAUAUACUCUAUCCGAGUAGAGAUAGAGAUAGAGAUAGAGAUAGAGAUAGA